AUGAGAGCUGGGCAGAAUCAGCACAUAUUUUCAAACUGGUUGUUACAACUUGGCAAUGGCACUCUACCUGCAAAAGAAUCAGAACCAUUUAGAAAUAGCAUUGAAAUACCAGAUACUUGCAUCAUACGUGAGCAGGAUGACCAAUCACAUAUUGAUGUAGUAUUUGGAGAUGAAAACAUUGAUGACUUUGCAAGUAGAGUUAUUCUGACUCCCACAAAUGAUGUUGCCCUUGAUAUUAACAACAAGAUACUAGAUAAGAUUCCAGGGCAAGUAGUAGCAUAUAACAGUGCUGACUCUGUUGUGUCAGAUGACCCUGAAGAAAUUGCACUUUAUCCAGUCAAGUUUCUUAAUUCAAUUACACCUUCUAGAAUGCCACCACACAACUUGCAAUUAAAAGUGGGUGCGGUUAUAAUGCUUCUUCGAAAUCUGGAUUUGAAACAUGGAUUAUGUAAUGGCACUAGAUUAAUAGUACAACAAUUAAGGCAAAAUGUAAUUGAUGCAGAAAUAAUCACUGGUAUUGCUAUUGGAAAAAGAGUGCUGAUAGCAAGAGUUCAAUUGGUCUGCCUUUUUAAUUAUGAAGACGGCAGUUUCCUAUUCGUUUGUCUUACGCUAUGA